AUGGCAUCAGAUCCAUUCAGAUGUCCAAUUGCAACAAACGGUAAAGGCAACAAACUUAUGAAGACAUAUCAAGAAGGAAACAGAAUCACAGAAACAGACAGUAAUGGGAGUGCCACAGAACAAGUAUUCAACAAAAGAACCAAAACAACCAAUGAGGCUAAUAUAUCCCAAGAAUUCGGGGACAUGGAAUAUGCAAUCUUCUCUCAUAAACAUGAUAAUACAACUCUUACUACACCAACAAUGUUUCCGUCGUCGAGGCAGUCCACAACAGGUCCUACAGAAAAUGCAAGUGUGUUUAUUGAUCUAGGUCAAGAUGAUCCCAUUCAGCCCAUUGUUGAAAAAAGAAAGCGUGGUCGUCCUAGAAAUAUUCGUGGGUCUACUUCAGGAAUACCU